AUGUCGCUGAGCUCGCUCAGGCUGCUCGCCCUUGUUUGUGCUUUGGAGCUCUCCGCGGGUGCGCCCCCCGCGACGGCGACCGUGCCAGCCAUCAUCCCCGAUCGGCGGGACUUCAUCUCGAGCGCGACUUCGGUGGCUGGAAGCUUGACCUCGGAGGCAGGCGAUGCGCUCACUUCAGCGCUUCCAUCUGCGGUGCAGAGUGUGUACUCGUCGCUAGCAUCUGCGGUUCCGACCGAGGCGGUCGCGGGCAUGAUCCCGGGCUUCGACGUGCCGUCUACGGACGACAUCAAGAGUCAGGCAGGGCUCAGCGACGAGCAGAUUGAGCAACUUCCUGUGCGUAUAUUGAACAUUCCUGGAUAUGCGAACCGUACCGACAAUGGAUGGAGCGUCCUCUUCCACGGACAAGCGUACCGCCAGCCGCUGGACAACAGCUCCAAGCUCGACGACCUUACCAAUGCAUUCCUGCCAGAGAAGGACGUGUCCGAGCUUAACGAGACACAGCAAGAGCAAGCACGCAACCUCACCUCCGCCAUAUAUUCGCUACCAGUGUCCGACCUGUCCCUCACCUUCACGCUGUAUAAUGCGACGAAGGAGUCACAAGACAGUCCGAUAUUCAAGUUUACUUUUCCUCUGCCAACGGAUUCGCGCGGAGAGUUCAACCAAUUCAUCAAUAUGAACGAGAGUGUCCAAGCCGAUCUGGGAGAGCGUGUGCAUAGGAUUGAAGUCCGGACGAAUGCUGGCGAUCUCGGCAACAGUUCCGCUUUCCUCGUCCCACCUGAGGGCAUAACCUUCCUGGCCGACAUCGACGACAUCCUCCGCGUCACCCGCAUAUACGCGCCCCUCUCCGGUCUCAACAACUCCUUCGCCAACCCCUUCACUCCCUGGUCGAACAUGCCCGCCGUCUACGCGCAGUGGCUCGAGACGAUCCCCAGCGCGCACUUCCACUACCUCACCACGACGCCCGAGCCCGCGACGCGCAUGUACGAGUCCUUUAUCUUCGGCAACUACCCCCUCGGCUCCUUCGACACGCGCCCCUACAACUUCACCACCUUCGAGCAGACGUUCCGCGUGCGCGCCGUCGCGCUGCGCCGCGCGCUCGAGACGUUCCCGAACCGCAGGUUCGUGCUCAUCGGCGACACGAGCAACGCGGACAUCAUGCGCGACUACCCCGCGCUGGCGAAGGAGUACGGGAACGUGCAGUGCAUACUGCUGAGGAAUACGUCGGCGACGGAUAGUGGAGACAAGUUCCCGUACGACACGAGUGGGCUCGAGGGGCUGGAUAACUCGACGUACUUUUUCUUUGAUGUGCCGGAUGAUUUAAUGGGGCUGGAUAUCGAGAAUGGCGAGUGCGUGAAUGGAUCGGUGGCGCAGAAUGUACAGUAUGGGUACCAGAACCUGCCGACGGACCCGGACACCGACGCGGCGGUGCGGUUCAGCAGUGUUGCGUCCCAGAUGGGCUUGUUGGCGAUAGGGUUGGUGGUUGGCGCGCUGGCGAUGUGA